AUGGCAGAACUCCCAAUUGAGAUAGUGACUAACGUACUAUCAAGGCUUCCAUUGAAAGCCCUCUUCAAAUGCAAGUGUGUCUGCAAGACAUGGUGCAACUUACUAUCGGAUUCUUGGUUCGUGAAAUUGUGGGAAACUAAAUGGAGAAAACUCCGUUUCUUUUACGUAGAAGAUCUAGCAUGUUCCCGUGAUGGAAAUCGCUGUACCCUCCAAUUUACAUCCGCAGAUGAAGAAGGCCGCAGCAUUGUGCAAGAAUUCACCAAGGAAGGAAAAUACUAUAUGCCUAGAGGAAAACACUAUACGGAUAGAGGACUGAACAUGGUGUUGGCCCCCUGCAACGGCCUACUGUGUAUUUACAGAAGAUACUUUUUAUUGGGGAUGAUUGGGCCUUUUCAUUUAUGUAAUCCUAUAACUCACCAAUUUGAAAUACUCCCAGAGUGCUCUCCACAAACAUGGGGCCAUGCAAUUGGUUUUGGACAUGUACCUUCUACGGGAGAGUACAAAGUUGUGAGGAUAUUCACUGCAGAAUUUGUGCACGGAGACGACAUAGACGGUGAUUUCGGUUGUGAAAUCUUUAGCAUUAAACGUGAAGGUAAUUAUUAUUCAUCAUCAGAUUCUUGGAGAGUCAUUAAUCGAUCCAAGUGCCCAUAUCCAAUUCGUAAUACCGCUGUUUUUGUUAAUGGACGUCUUCACUGGGUAGUCAAUACUGAAUGUCGUUUUCCACCAGAUCAUGACAAUGCCAUAAUUUUCUUCGAUUUGGCUAGUGAAACUUUUGGGUAUGUCCCCCAUCCUCCAGAUUACCAGCAUGAACAAGAAAGUUCCAUUUAUGUGUUGGAUUUGGCAGGUACCCUUUGCCUACUUGACUUUGAUGAAAAUCUGAUUCGACUAUGGAUGCUUGAUGAUUAUGACAAAGGCAUCUGGGCCGAAACACAUAACAUCAUGUUAGACCCUCUGCCUUUGGAAGACGGUAUAAGCUUUAAAUUUAUGGCGGGCAGGGAAUUAUUGAUGGCACCUUGGCAUUGUAAAUACAGACUCUACUACAACAUUGACACGCGAACUUUUAGAAGAGUUGAAAAGCCUGAGCCUGCAGGAUCUCAUGGGUGGACUUUUGGAUACUACUGGGAAAGCUAUGAAGAUCUGAUGGAAAAUCACAAAGUACUAGCAUUAUGUUAG